AUGGACAAAGCAGUAUCUUUGCCCUACAUUCUGAACAAGUCCAAAGAAAUCAAAGAGGAGAGAAAAGUGGUGAAGCUCCACACAGUCGACUAUAACGGCACUGACUAUUGGGGUUCCAUAAACCUUGAUCAUCCGGCGACUUUCGAUACCAUGGCGAUGGACCCGGAGAUUAAGAAGGCGUUGAUUGAGGACCUUGAUCGGUUCAGAGAGAGGAAGGAGUAUUAUAGGAGAGUAGGCAAGGCUUGGAAACGCGGGUACUUGCUGUUUGGACCGCCCGGCACUGGUAAAUCAAGCUUGGUUGCAGCCAUGGCUAAUUAUCUGAAAUUUGAUAUUUUUGACUUGGAUUUGAAGGAAGUUCAAUGCAAUUCUGAUUUGAGAAGGUUGUUGAUUGGCACCAAGAGCCGAUCCAUAUUGGUCAUCGAGGAUAUAGAUUGUUCAGUUGAGUUGCAAAACAGGGAUGCUGAGAAUGAACCCAAAACUGUUGAAGACGACAAGAUUACCCUCUCUGGUCUAUUGAACUUCAUUGACGGAUUGUGGUCAACCUGUGGAGAGGAGAGAAUCAUUGUGUUCACCACAAAUCACAAGGACCGACUUGAUCCAGCGUUGCUGCGACCUGGUCGGAUGGACCUGCACAUCCACCUGUCCUACUGCACCUUCAGUGGUUUCAAGACAUUGGCAUACAAUUACUUGCGGAUUCAAGAGCACCCACUUUUUGGAGAUAUUGAGAAGUUGCUAGAUUAUUACAAGGCACAAGCAACACCUGCUGAAGUUGCUGGAGAGCUGCUGAAGAGUGAUGAUGCUCAAGUUUCCCUUCAAGGUCUCAUCACAUUCCUCCAAAGCAAGAACAAGAUGGAAACUGCAUGGCAGGAUAUUACGGUAGGCAAAUGAAUAUGGACAAAGCAGUAUCUUAAUGCUCUUUACCUUUUUCAAUUGAUAC